GGGGGGUCCGGAGGGAAACCGGUGGGGGUUUCCCCGGGAUAAGGAGCCACCGCCGUGUCCCCGUCCUCCUCGUGUGUGUGUGUCCCCCCUCACGCCGCCGCAGCGGGGGCGGAGGCCGGGCCGCGGCCCUGCUUCCCGGGCGGGGCGGGGCCCGGGGCGGCGAUGGCGGAGGCGGAGCGGGCUCCUCUCCUCUCGCCGCUGGCGGAAAGUUCCCGGGACGGGGCCGGUGCGGAGCUAUCCCCCGCUAUGGAGCGGCGGGCCGAGCCCGGGGAGGCGGCGGCGGCGGUAGGAGGAGAAGAAGAGGAGGAGGAGGACGAGGCGCCUGUCUCGGCUCCUUUCUUCCUCCUCUACCCCGGCCAUGGAGGCGCCGCCGCCGCGCCGCCCGGCGUGUGGAGACCCCCGGCAGCCCGCGGCGGGGCCACCCUGCCCGUGCUGGUGCUGAGCUACCCGGGGCCGGAGGGAAGCGGCGGUACCGGCGGCCACUCUUGGGAGGAUUUGACAGAUGUGGUGGAGCAAUUGCGCGAUGACACCCAAGAUCCUAAUUAUCUGAUGGCUAAUGAACGCAUGAACCUGAUGAACAUGGCGAAACUGAGCAUCAAGGGGCUGAUCGAGUCGGCGCUGAACCUGGGCAGGACGCUGGACUCGGACUACGCGCCUCUCCAGCAGUUCUUCGUUGUGAUGGAACACUGCCUUAAACACGGCUUGAAAGCCAAAAAGACUUUCCUUGGGCAAAAUAAAUCCUUUUGGGGACCUCUGGAACUCGUAGAAAAGCUUGUUCCUGAAGCUGCAGAAAUUACAGCGAGCGUUAAGGAUCUCCCAGGGCUGAAGACGCCCGUGGGGAGAGGAAGAGCUUGGCUGCGCCUGGCUCUGAUGCAGAAGAAACUUUCAGAGUACAUGAAGGCCUUGAUCAACAGGAAGGAUCUUCUCAGGUGACCCAACAGUGCUACAGUGAACAACCUCCAGGCCAAGGUGGAUGCCUUGGAAAAAUCCAACACCAAACUGACCGAGGAGCUUGCAGUUGCAAACAACAGGAUUAUUACACUGCAAGAAGAGAUGGAACGGGUUAAAGAAGAAAGUUCUUACAUCCUAGAGUCCAAUCGGAAGGCCACUAAAGACAGAACUGCUGAUGGACAGGCACUGACCGAGGCGCGGAAACAGUUGAAGGAGGAGACUCAGCUGCGGCUGGACGUGGAGAAGGAGCUGGAGGUGCAGAUCGGGAUGCGACAGGAGAUGGAGCUGGCCAUGAAGAUGUUGGAGAAAGAUGUUUGCGAGAAGCAAGACGCGCUGGUGGCGCUCAGGCAGCAGCUGGAUGAUCUCAGGGCCCUAAAGCAUGAACUGUCUUUCAAGCUGCAGAGUUCAGACAUGGGAGUGAAACAGAAGAGUGAAUUAAACAGCCGUUUGGAAGAGAAAACAAAUCAGAUGGCUGCCACCAUCAAACAGCUUGAACAAAGAUUGCGGCAGGCGGAGAAGGACCGGCAGUUGGCCCAGCAGGACAACCGUCUCUUCAAGCAGGAGUUUGGGGACAAAAUCAACAGCCUCCAGCUGGAAGUGGAAGAGCUCUCCAGGCAGCGCACUUCUAGAUUUUUCCAUCCUGACGUAUUAUGUGAGACAACUUCUAUUCAGAGGCAGUUUUCAGCUCUUGAGUUGGGGUUGAGUUGCUGCGGUGUGAAGAGAGGGUUAAAUAGCUCAUCUUCUCUCCCUGUGGAGUGUUACAGAAUGGCCCUUAUUCAGAUUCCACCUCCCUAUUCCAGGAGCCACCUGGAACAGGAACUGAAGCGGGAGAGGGACAGAUGGUCACAGAGUCACCAACGCGGCCAAGACAACAAAAAAGGCCCAAAGAAUUGGCUGAGACAGGACGGGAGGCACAAAAUCCAGGAAGAAAAUGCAAAAGUGAAGCAGCCCCCAAGGGAGGACAGUGUCCUGAACAGUGUCCUGAGCAGCGUCCUGCCCCACAGGUCCCCGGGCGGCACGCAGGACGAGCAGGAACAGCCGUCGGGAGCUGGGAACGCCGAGAUCUGCCAGCUCUGCCGGGAAGAAAGCAGCCGGAGCGCAAAGAAGAACAUCUGCAAGAACUGUGGUGGUGUCUUCUGUGAAGCUUGUUCAGGGAACGAGCUGCCCCUGCCCUCCAGCAUCAACCCCCAGCGCGUCUGCGACCCCUGCCACCAGCAGCUCAUCCAGCAGUACUCGGCCAGCCCCUUGGCCGAGAUCUGCCAGCUCUGCCGGGAAGAAAGCAGCCGGAGCGCAAAGAAGAACAUCUGCAAGAACUGUGGUGGUGUCUUCUGUGAAGCUUGUUCAGGGAACGAGCUGCCCCUGCCCUCCAGCAUCAACCCCCAGCGCGUCUGCGACCCCUGCCACCAGCAGCUCAUCCAGCAGUACUCGGCCAGCCCCUUGUAGGGGGGACAGUGCAGGGAGAGGUGACCAAAAAAUGGUGGUGGCUGAGCAUGGUGGCUUGUGGAGUUGUCCUGGGGGGGGAAAUGUGAAGAGAAGACACUUUCCUGUGUCCUUUGGAGGUCGGAGGGAAGCAGCUUCGUGGUGUUUCGUGGACGGUCUGAGCUUUCCCUGUCCCAAAACCUGCCGGCUCCCGGCGCUGAGCUUGUGCUGGGGAAGAGCUGUUUUGGGAAUGUCCCCAAGGUGUCCCCCAGCAGCCAGGACAGAGUGUCCUCGCCCCAAAACGAGCUCUGUGUCUGCGGGGGUGGGUCAGGAACGGUCUUAUCCUCAUAGCUGUGAUGUGACAGCUGCUGCUGAGCGACGCCUCGCUGAAAGCAGGACGGGGGGAUGCUCAGUCCUCCUGCCUGGCUCCACUUGAAACCCCCUGUCCCUUUCCCCUCGCCUUUGACAAUCCGCGUCGCUGCUGGGGCUCUGAAGGCCAAGGGAAGAGGCCAAGAAACUCUUCCAAGCUUCACUCCUUCAGCCCUGGCCGCGGCUGCGCAAAUCGGGCUGGAAAACUCAAACCAAGCUGUGAAAGUUCCAAAGUUCUCCUUGUGUGCAGGGGGUGCAGGAUGGGGAGAACCAAGGACCUGCACUGAUCUGGGACCUUCCUGGUUAGACCCUCACUGUGACUUGGUGACCACACCGGGGUGGUGAUGGUGAAGAGCAUCCAUCACUGCACCUCCCGUGGUGGGGUGGGAGCUGGAGGGAUUGGAUCCCCAGCACUGAGAGACCAAAUCCUCGUGACGACACAUUUAGGGGCCACUUCCCUCCACCUCUCCCCCUCGGCCACAGGCAAAAAAUUGUAAUAAACCCAGCGUUUUGCUAAUUAUUUUUCUUUGGUAGAGAAGGAACAGAAAGGAACAAAAGAAGCAGGAACGUUUUUUGCCCACAAGAAAUUCUGAUUUGAAACAGGGUAAAGAGGUUCCACACUUCAUGGUACAUCAUUCUUUGCUGCUCCUACCUCAAGGAACGUCAUGUUACGCCGAAAAAAGCGGUGGGGGCUUCCUUAGUGAAGCACGGAGCACGUCACGGUGGUGGUGGGGACUGGUUUAUACUGGAAAUCUACUUGUCUUGAAGACCGCAGAAUGUUUUGUAGUCCUUAGAAAAACUGGUGUUAUUUCUGUGACAAUUUGGGUUUGUACCAAUGUUGUUAGGGGUUUAGUGGUUAUUUCCUCCGGGGGGAUUUUUCUGUUGAUCAGACCGGCUGGAACGGCGGUGACGGGCGUGUGGGAGCUGAGGUGGUUGUCGUGGUU